GGCUAGAUCUAGCGCCGGGAUGGGGAGCCGCGACCGAUUCUCCGCGGCGCGCGUCUGAUCUGGGAGCUCCGGCGCCACUCCGAGGGAUUCCAGGGGCCAGCGGCCUGAGGGAUUAGCGCGGCGGCGUGGGGGCGGAAAUCCAUCGCAAUGGCGGGCAGCGACGCCAAUCUGGUAAGAAAGGUCGUGCUGAGCUACAUCUACGUCGCGAUCUGGAUCUUCCUGAGCUUCACGGUCAUCAUCUACAACAAGUACAUCCUCGACAAGAAGAUGUACAAUUGGCCCUUCCCGAUCAGCCUCACCAUGAUCCAUAUGGCCUUUUGCUCGACGCUGGCCUUCCUCCUGGUGCGCGUGGCCAAGGUCGUGGAGCCGCUGGGCAUGACGCGCGAGAUUUACAUGUCGUCGAUCGUCCCCAUCGGCGCGCUCUACUCCUUGAGCCUCUGGUUUUCCAACUCGGCCUACAUCUAUCUCUCCGUCUCCUUCAUCCAGAUGCUCAAGGCGCUCAUGCCGGUGGCGGUCUACUCCAUCGGCGUGCUGCUCAAGAAGGAGAUCUACAAGCCCGAGACGAUGGGAAACAUGGUGCUCAUCUCCAUCGGCGUGGGCAUCGCGGCCUACGGCGAGGCCAAGUUCAACACCUUUGGAGUGAUCCUCCAGCUCGCGGCCGUGGCGUUUGAGGCGACGAGGCUGGUGAUGAUCCAGAUCCUCCUCAGCUCCAAGGGGAUCACGCUCAACUCCAUCACCGCGCUCUACUACGUGGCUCCCUGCUGCUUCGUCUUCCUGUGCGUGCCGUGGGUGUUCGUGGAGCUGCCGGUUCUGCGCGAGAGCUCCAGCUUCAGCUUCGAUCUGCCAACCUUUGGGCUCAACUCGGGCUGCGCGUUUGCGCUCAACUUGGCGGUGUUCUUGCUCAUCGGGAAGACGUCCGCGCUGACGAUGAACGUUGCGGGGGUGGUGAAGGAUUGGCUGCUCAUCGCCUUCUCCUGGUCGGUGAUCAUGGACAGGGUGACGACGCUCAAUCUGGUGGGAUAUGGGCUGGCGUUCCUGGGGGUGUGCUACUACAACCACGCCAAGCUCCAGACGAUGAAGGCCAAGGAGGGAUUGAAGAAGUCGCAGCAGGAGGAGCGGGACGACGAGGAGCAGGGCAUGGUUUUGGUGGAGCACGCUAACACCAAGGAUGAUGAUGGGGGAAAUUCGUGAAAGCUCUUGGGGCUUGCUUGCGCUGGCUAUGGCGACGCGGAGAAGAGGCAGAAGAAGAAGAAGAAGAAGAAGAAGAAGAGAAAGAGAAGGGAGAGAGAUCAUCUUAGAUGAUGGUAGGACUAUUUAAUUUCCAUUCAAAAGAAAUCAGUGUGAAGAACAAACUCAUCUCUUUCUUUAUUGAUUGUGAUUGAUAAUAACGAGAAUAGCUUCGUUUUCCAACAAA